ACACAUUCAGCACCCUGCUGUAGUCGGUGGCCAUUGUGCCUGAUCACAGGGAGCUCCAGGGGCAGCUAUGGAGGUGGGGGAGAGUCAGCCUGAAGUUGAGAUCCAGGAGAAUAAGAAAAUUGACAUGUCCUUGGAUGACAUUAUAAAACUUCAAAAAGAAGAGUCAGACGUUCAGUCCACCUCGAAUCAGACCGGCCAACAUGGCAGACUAAAAAGGGGCAAUUUCCAAAAUAAACGAUACUUUCGAAAUCCACCAAGAAAUCAACAAGGUCCUGGCAGACCUAAACCAGGUUUCAGACAGCAAAGGUUUCCAGGUAUGAUCAGAAACAACACGCUUGGUCCAAUAACAAGACGAAGAGCCGCCGCUUCACUGAAUGGUGUGAGCCCACUCAAUAGGCCAAAUCUGCCCACAACGUCUUUUUUACAGAAUUCUCAGAAAGUGGUAAAAACUCAGACUCAAAAUGUCCAACUUAACCCAAGGAAGUAUAGAGCGGCAAAUAUUACUUCACAGACAUUAACCAGAAGGUUUAAUACACAGACUAGAAGACCACAAAUACGAGAUGGGCAAAAGCAGCAAAGAACAAAUACAGUCAACCAGAACAAAAGAUUAAUGCAACAAGUCACUAUGAAUCGUGGAAAAAGACAGACAACUCCAAGAAGGUGGCAAAACAAUGACUCUUUUGGGUCCACUUUAACUGUGUCUGUGCCCAAUCCUAAAGCUGGUUUGGCCCCUCAAUCCAAAAAACCAGCAUUGAAGCGACCAGGAGGGAGAUUUAGGAAAACAGAAGCCCAGUCUACAGACCCUCCUCCAAAAGGAGUUCCCCUGAGAUUCAAUUUCCGGGCUACGGCCAAUCAUACAAAUGUCACACUGAAUGAACGGUUUUCUACACUGAAGAUAAGAGGACAGUAUACACCAGCAAGAAGAGGGGCGCGGAUGGUCAUGAUCAAUUAACAUCAGUUCCAUUUUGAACCAUAUGGAGCUCUACCGUUCUUCACCAGGACUUUGGGUGUGGAUAGAAAACAAGUCGUGUAAAACAACACACUGAAGAACCAAGAAUCACAACUCCCAUCAUGCUCAUAUUGUACACAAUAAAGUUAUGAGCAGUACGACUUAUUUGGGGAGAUUUGUUCAAACGUGUGCAGAGGCAAAGUUGACCAGUUGCCCAUAGCAACCAAUCAGAUGGCUUCUUUUAUUUUUAACUGCUCCACUUUUUCUCUACACAAGUUUAGACAUAUCUCCCCCAUUGUCUUCUUUCUGUAGUGUUACAAACUAUGAGAUUAAGAACUUUUUACGAUUGAGAUCUAUUAUAUUUUUACCCCUUUUUCACCACAAUAAGUUUUUUUUUGCUUAUGUCUUUUUAUUUGAUGGAUUUUCCUCUUAACGCACACCCUUCAUAUUAGCAUACAGUAUAUUGUGAAACAAAACAAAAAAUUGGGGUGGAAUAAAAAAAAUAGGUAUUUCCCAUUUUUGGGGUGUUUUCUUAGUUGACCAUUUGGUAAUAAU